AGUCUCUGUUUUUCACUUGUUCCUGUGAAAUUCCUGAAGUUUGGAUCUUUUGUUCUGAAGUCUGAAGACGAAGUUAGAGGAGGACAAAGACGGAGAGAGGAGAGCGGCCUUUAACCCGAGCUAUCUGGACUGACCCGGGUCAGGUCUGCACGGGUCUACACGGAUCCACACGGGGUCCACAGUUCGGAGUUUUGAGCUCCUUUAGGCGGGUUGAGAGGGAAGAGUUUGGGGAGAAAUCGUGAUGGACGGGGGAGGAGGAGGAGGAGGAGCUGACAGGAGAAACAGAUAUGUGGCAAAACUUUGAGUUUGUUCUCUCUGAAAACGAGCUGAAAUCCAAACACCUGAGAGACAGAGACGGCGUAAAGAUGGAGGGAGAGAAGGAGGGAGAGAAAGAGCGUCAGAGGGAGGAGAAGGAGAGCAACGAGGCGGAGGACGACAGGAUCUCUGAUGAGGAGGAGAACGAGGAGGAGGAGGAGGAAGGUUCGGAGGGAGCAGCCAUGGUGUGGCAGGAAGGAUACGGCGAGGACAACCUGGGCCUUCCCAUCAUGCACUGGGAGGCUCUGAGCCUGAGGAUCGCCGAGCUGGAGAAGGAGGAGGAGGAGAAGAAGGCGAAGGGAGUGUGUUUAGAUCGAGGCAGAGCUCCUCUCAGCUGGAUGGAGGAGAGAGGGAGGAGGAGAGAGGAUAGUUGGGAAGAUCGAGACGACGCCUGCAACAGCCAUGUGCUGGCUCUAACGUCACGGCUGCAGACGCAGAUGAACCUCCAGCUCUGCUUCAUCAACGACAGUGAGAGUGAGGAGGAGGACGAGGGAAAGGAGGAGAGCAGGAGGGGGGCGGUUCAGGUCCAGAAGAGUCCUCAGCCUGCAGCCAAGCCAGACAAACCUAAGUCCAGAGGCUUCAGGAACACGCUGAGGAACCUGAGGGACCGCCUGAGGACCGACCACAGAUCUGUGUCUGCAGCUCGCAGUGAUGCCGCCGUCAAGAGGAGACAUCUGGAUCUAAGCGAUUUACAAAAGUUCAGCAUGAAGGAGCUGAACGCUCUCAACAAGUCGCUCAGCAAGAACAUCCAAGACCUGAGCUCCGAGCUGGUCGGUCUCCUGCAGGUCCGGGACCAGCUGAGGACUGAGCAGGACGCCAUGCUGUUGGAGGUCCAGGACCUGACCUCGCUCUGAGGACGAGGAAUUGAUCUCGCUCUGAGGACGAGGAAUUGAUCUCGCUCUGAGGACGAGGAAUUGACCUCGUUCUGAGGACGAGGACCUGACCUCACUCUGAGGACGAGGAAUUGACCUCGCUCUGAGGACGAGGAGUUGACACCGUUGUGAGGAUGAGGGAGGAUGACCUGACCUCGCUUUGAGGACGGGAACCUGUCCUCGUUCUGAGGACGAGGGAGGAUGACCUGUCCUCGCUCUGAGGACGAGGACCCGACCUUGCUCUGAGAACGAGGACCCGACCUCGCUCUGAGGACGAGGACCCGACCUUGCUCUGAGGACGAGGACCCAACCUCGCUCUGAGGACGAGCACCCGACCUCGCUCUGAGAACGAGGACCCGACCCUGUUCGGAGGACGGGGACUCGACCUUGCUCUGAGAACAGGGACUCGACCUCGCUCUGAGGACGAGGAGGGUUUAUAUAUUCCACAAACAUAUUAAACAGUCUGAGGACUUUGUGGAGAAUCAGACAGAGUCAAACAUCCUGAAGCGAUCAGGCUGAGCAGUCAAUCACAGGAGAGUUUGAGUAGAUGCCUGCAGAGUUCUUUUUCAUGUUUUCGUGUUUUUAAAGGGAAUCUUUGUGUCUCUUAAGUACUGUUUACACCAGAGAUGAUCCUGAACGGGGGUCCUAAACAGGGACAAUUUGGGGUUUCUGUCAUGUUUAGACUCAGAUCUCAUCUCCUCUGCACCAGGACUGCAGGUAAAGGAGGGCACCAUGUCCUCACAUAUGUUUCACUCAGUAAAUGAGGAGUGGUCAGCAUCAUCAUGGUGAAGAGGAGGAGGAUCACACAGAUGGAUGCAGGAUGUGAUGAAAAAUAACAGAGCAGCAAAGAAGCCAGCACUUCAACAUAACAUGUUUCCUUAAUGUCUGAUCAUAUAGUAAAGUCACUUUAUCAUCUCACUGAUUGUUGAAUGUUGUCAGGAGAUUAAACACAGAUGAGUAUAUGACUUCUCUGUGGCGUCUCUAACACGUUUUCAAAAAGCUGCUCCUCUCCGGGUCAAAGAUGCACAAAGGGAACGUCUGUCGUGUGUGGUCACAGUUUGGGUGAGGACAGCUGACGCACAGGGCUUUGUUACCUGCCUGUCCAACAGGAAGCAGACCAACUCCACGUCCACGGGUAAAAGCCAAGAAAAGGUUCACCCUGGUUUUAGAACGAGCUUUAUCCACUUGGUGUUUCUCCUCACUGUGAUUAUAUUUUCUCUUCUUUGCUGCUACGUCCACGUCCGUCAUAUUCAACGAAUGGCGUCCAAUCACUGAUUUGUAUGAACUCCUAAACUCACCUGCUGCUCUGUCAUUGGCUGGAGGAAACACAGCAGCUCCGCCCAGAAACGUUCUGAGUCAACCAGAACAAACCAGAACAGUAAAAUCCAGUCAGAGGACAGGGUCUCUGCAGACACAGUCACCAUCACACAUGUAUGGAGGCCCAGAAGAGACGAUGGAGCAGCUUUACUUUAAAGUUUAAAUCAUCGUUAAUUCUGUUUUUAGGGGGCCAAAGAGUCGGAUGUUUACAGAGUCUGAGUUUGAUUUAAAGGUUCUGCGGUCGCUCCUUUAGUCCAACCAGUCUCACUUUAAGUUCCCGCACUGAUCCCAGAUUGAACUGAAACAUUGAGAGUCUCUGUGUGAUUGACCAAUCAGAAACGUUCAUCUUCUGACAUCACCUGAAGUGACCUCACUGAGACUGAUGAUGAAUAGAGAAACUCACCGGACGAUAACGCAGCUUGUCUUUAACUCUUCUGUUUGCUCUUUGAAUCUUUGUGAGAAGCUGCUGAAUCUGCCGACUGAUCGAUCGGGUCGAAACGUUCAUCUGACUUUAGAAAGUCUGAACCAUCUUGUCUGAGUAAACAAGCACGCUGAUUAAUCUCACCAAAUCGCUUUGUAAAUGUUGUCGAUGUAGUUGUCAUGUUUUUGUUGUCAUUUUCGACAUCGAUGUUGUUGUCAUGUCGUCAUCGUCGUGGGAUAUGUAAGGGAUUUUUUAACCAUGUUAGUUUUUUUUUUAGUCUCGGCACACAUUAAAAUGUUGGUGUAUAAAACAGGAUUGAUUAUUGUUGAUGUUUCUCUCCUCUUCUUCACUGACGAACUUCAUUAAUAAAAUGACAUGAAGAUGA